AUGGUGAGUAGAACGGUUGUUCGAUGGCUGGCAGCAAAAUCAAGAGCGCUUGCUUCCGAUCUCAGAGAAGGUCGAAACAAUGCUGUAUUUGUUGAAAACGUACGAUCACGCCACGGUAGUCGUCUGGAGUCUCUGGAUCGUAAACUGGACGAAGCUGAUCAAUGCAGAUCCAAUUCCAAGAGUAUAAUGUCGAAUUUACCAGAAGCUCUCGCGGAUCGAAUUCUUUCGCGUGAUUGCCGUUUUGUUCGUGUUGGCUCAUCCGUAAAUGGACUCUCAUCUGAUAAUUCGGAUGUAGACUUG